AGCGUACAACUGGUUGGUCCGUUUCCGUGAACCCUAACCUGUGCUAGUGGUACAGGAAGUAGAGACGGCUGCUGAUUGGUCCGUUCCCGUCAACACUAACCCGUGGUAGUGGUAACGAAAGUAAAAAUGGCUGGUCGACUGUCCCUGGCAGAGGUGGAUCUCUGCUGCGCAAUCUGCUACGACAUCUUCAGAGACCCCGUGGUGCUCCAGUGCAGCCACAGCUUCUGCUCUGGCUGCCUGCGGGACUACUGGGCGAGCCGGGGGGACGGACGGGACUGCCCGCUGUGCCGGAGGGAGUCCUCCGACGAGCCAGUGCCCAGCCUCACCCUCCGGAACCUGUGUGAGGGCGCAGAGCCCUCGUCCUUAUCGUCGCCGCCGGACGAGCUGUACACCGACCCCGAGGAGAUGUGCCCCCUCCACGGAGAGCGGCUGAAGCUCUUCUGCCGGGACGACCGGGAGCCCAUCUGCGUGGUCUGCCUGACGUCCCGGAGACACGCGGGGCACGACUGCUGCCCUGCGGGCGAGGCCGCCGCGGACAUGAAGGAGGACUUGAAGACCUCCCUGAGCGAGCUGCAACAGAAGAUGGUGGAGUUGGAGAAGAUGAAGCAGAACUACACGGACACCUCAGCGCAUAUCGAGAUGCAGGCCCAGUUUGUGGAGCGGCGGAUGCACCAGGAGUUCCAGGAGCUGCGGGACUUCCUGGACGGGGCGGAGCGUACAGCCCUGCAGUCGCUGAAGCAGGAGGAAGAGGAGAAGAGAGGGGUGGUGAGGAGGCUGAUCGACGAGGUGGAGGUCAACAUCUCGUCUCUGUCCCACGCCAUCACGACGCUGGAGGAAGACAUGGCCCUGGACGGAGUUCCUCUCUUGCACGUGCGAUUCUACGUUUUCUAUUGUUGUUUAUGCAUUCAAUCAUUCAGCCGACCUGUCAGUCCUUCAGAGUGUGCUGCUAUGCCGCCGGGAACCCUGAUCGACGUGGCCAGCUACCUAGGCUCGCUGCAGUACUCUGCGUUGGUGGGGAUGUACGAGACGGUCCGUUACACUCCGGUGACCCUUGACCCCAACACCGCCGCCCCCUGGCUCCGCCUCUCGGACGACCUCACGGAGGUCAGCGACACCGACGACCGGCCGAAGCUCCCCGACAACCCGGAGCGCUUCGACCGCGACGCCGGCGUGCUGGGCCACCGCGGCUUCUCCUCGGGCUGCCAUUGGUGGGACGUGGAGGUGGGCGAGAACACGGCCUGGGUGGUGGGCGUGGCCGGCGAGUCAGUGAAGCGGAAGGAGAAGGUGUCGUCGGUGCUGAAGAACGGCUACGUCACCGUGUACUUCUACCACGAAAUGUACUUCGCCGGCACGUCGCCACUGUCGCGCCUCAACCUCAAGUCCCGCCCCAAGAGGAUCCGCGUGAGGCUGGACUACGACAAGGGGCGGGUCUCGUUCCACGACGCCGACCGGAACGUGCAAAUCUACCUCUUUAAGCACAGUUUCAACGAGAAGGCGUACCCCUACCUUUGGGUGGGCUGCAAGCUGAGCCCACUGAAGAUCACGGCAGGGGAGGGGGUGCUGAAGGUAGUCAAAUGAGGUGGAGGAUUGUGUUGCAAAGCAAUCUAGAUCUUCUCUGGGGGGGAAGUAACAGCCUUGGCCAAAGCGUUCCUGUUUACAAUGUAUUUGGGUGUGUGUGAGGGUGUGUGCGCACGUUUGUGUGUUAACAAAACAUGAUUGUAUCUUGAUCAAAUGUAUCAAAUGAGUAAUGGUCCCCGGAAGACAAAAGACAUUGUGUCAAUAACAGAAUAAUACAGAUAUAUAUCAGUCUUCUCAAUAAUUGUUUAUUGUUUAUUGUAUGCCACUAAAUCCUAUUUACUGCAGCUUUUGACUUAAAAGCCUAGACUAUUUCUUUUGCUUUUCAGCAUUUGCAGAUAAGAAAAAAAUAAAAUAAAUUUUGCUUUCAAAAAUCUUUUUAAA